AUGGCGAAGGCGGAAGUCCUUUGGUUGGUUGUUCUCUUCGGUACAGCACUCAGUAAAUCGCUGCCAGAUCCAUAUAUACGGUGCUCAGAACCAUGCCCAUGCACCGAGCCAGCCCCCCCGUGUCCAUGCACCGAGCCACUACCGCCAUGCCCUUUCACCGAGCCAACACCCUCGUGCCCUGAGCCACCACCCCCAUGCCCUGAAAUAAUACCCUUUCCCAAUCCACCUCCAUGUCCAUUUCAAGAUGAAGAGCCCCCUUGUCCAGAACUACCACCACCAUGCAUGCCCCAGCCGAGUCCCGAUUAUGCCCCAGAUGAUUCCGAUUAUGCCCCGGAUCAAAACAUUGAAUCGGAUCAGCACGAAACUAUUCAGCUAAGACCUUGCGAUCCAUCACAACCGCUUGCAAAUUAUUUAUACGGGCAAGCACCUCGAGGAUCUAUAAUAGUAAAACCCGGCAAAAUACGCUUCCCAACACCGGAACCCAUAGUUAUAAAACCAGGACAGAUUAAGUUACCAAAACCCCCACUGAUUUGGGUCAAGCCUUCCGUGGUGCGACCCCCAGCGCUGGCCCCGAUCCGAGUACAACCGCCGCCGGUUCAUCCCCCGACACCGGAGCCUAUUAUGGUCCAGCCGAAGCCGGUGGUACCACCACGACAACCGCCAAUUCUGGUCAGACCACCGCCGGUUAUUCCACCCAGGAUCCCGAAGAUCAAGGUUACUCCACCAGCGAUCCAACCUCCGCAACCGUUUUGGUUCAUCGUACGACCCCCGAGAAUAACCCUGACCCAACCUCCUACAAUUUGCUAUAAGCCCCAUCCACCUAGAUUCAAUACUGUGGGUUGUGCGCAGGUAACUCUAUAUAAACCUCCUUGCUCUCCUCCCGCGCCUUACCCACCCUGUUAUCCACCCCCUUGUCCUCCACCCCCUUGCCCACCACCACCACCACCUUGUCCAUGUUCCCCUUGCCAACCCCCACCACCGUGUCCAUGUUCUAGUGAGGACUAA